UAUGUGUUACCUACCUACUAGUAGUAGGUACCUACCUUAUACGGAAUGAUGCACGAUUUGACCUCCAAUGAAGCAGUGGCUCCAGUUUCUUGGCAUCUUUUCCGAACUAGGCCGGUGUGACUCCUACAUGCGGGUGCGGGGCGCAAUCCGUGCUCUCAACUUCAGCUUCAACGUCGGCCCAGCCUGACGACACGGCAAUAUAAGGUAUAUCUUCUGACCGAGCAUCGACGAGCCCCUCGACUCCAGUAGCGCCCUCGAGAGACCGAUAACUACAAACCCAAUCAACCCCGAGAUACUAGUACCUUACACUACAAUCCAAAUGGCCGACCUCGAACUCACACCUACCGAACAAGUUCCAACCGACCUCAAAUCCCGGCUCAAAGCCUCAUACGACGCCAUCGCGCCCACCUACAACACCUGGACGGAGUCACACGGCCCGCUACGGCUACGCUAUCUCAACCGCGUCCUGUCACUGCUCCAACCCCGGCAUGAUGCCAGCGGUGCGCCGUCUACACGGAGGAUAUCCGCCCUAGAACUGGGCUGCGGCGCCGGCCUGCCUGUCACCAAAACACUGCUGUCCCUCCCAGACACUAUCGACGUGCACGUCACGGCCAACGACCUGUCAUCGACCCAGAUCGCGCUCGGCAAGGCCCGGCUCGGCGACGACCCCCGCCGCAUCACCUGGGUCGAGGGCGACAUGAUGGACCUUUCUUUCCCUCCAGACUCGCUCGACCUGGUUGUGGCGCUGUACAGCGUUAUUCACCUCCCGCGGGAGGAGCAAGCUGUGCUGUUGGAAAGGGUUGCGGGGUGGUUGCGGCCGGGGGGGUUGGUGCUGGUGAAUUUUGGCAGGGAGGAGAUGGACGGGGCUGUCAUGGAGCGCUGGCUUGGGGAGGAGAAGGGGUGGAUGUAUUGGAGUGGGUUUGGGGAGGCGAAGACGUUGGAGGUGGUGAGGGAAAGGGCGGGGUUGGAGGUGUUGGUGUCGGAGGUUACGAGUGAUGAUGGGGGGACGGAUGCAGAGUUUUUGUGGGUUAUUGCGAGGAAGAAGGGAGAGGGAGAAUCACUGCCAGGGGUGUGAGGAGGGCUGGGGCUUUGGGUGGUGAUGUGCUUCUUCUCCACUUCCAGUGACGCGCCGAAACCGUUUAUAUCAAACAGACCACAACUUUCAAAUCUAUCUCCUGUGAAGAUGG